AGUUGAAAACGAGAAUGUGCUACGCAAUUCACAAAAAUAACACCCUGCUGAGUUGGAUACAACUACAUUCUUUAUCUAUUCUUGCGCACCCUACUAAAGCAUAAACCACCCCAACCCCCGUUAUAUACACACACAAAUAUUUCUCACAACCCUUUGAGAACCAACAAAACCCACCUAAUAUCUUCCAAGAAAAUCAUGAGUUACCCUCCUGUUGGCAAUCCUCCUCCUCAAGGUUAUCCUCCACAAGAUCAGGCUAAAGAUGCGUAUCCACCACAGGGGUAUCCUCCACAGGGGUACCCUCCACAAGGAUACCCUCAACCAGGGUAUCCACCACAGGGGUAUCCUCAAGGAGGGUAUCCUCCUCAGGGCUAUCCCCAGCAAUACCCACCACCUCAGUAUGCUCCCCCACCUACUCACCAGCAGCAGCAGCAGAAUUCCAGCAGUGGGUGCUUGGAAGGAUGUUUGGCUGCACUUUGCUGUUGCUGUCUCCUCGAUGCUUGCUUUUGAUGGGAAUCUGCAGUGGGCAAGCUUUAAUUGAUCGGAAAAUUUGUUCGUGUGGCAGUGGCCUCUCUGUCUUGAUCUUUAUCUUGAUAAAUAAUUUGGACUUAGAUUUCAAAAAUGUAUCUCGGUGAUAUAAUUCGUAUGUUGGUACCUGCUUUCAGUUUGAGUUGUCUCUCCCUUGGAUUGAUAUAGAUUUGUAAAUGAUCAAAGGUUACUUUUUUUAAUAUGGAAGUGCACUUGCUGCAAUUUCUAUAUUCCUAUUGUUGAGUGUUUGAUUUUAAGAAUGUUGAUCGAUCGAUGCUUCUUCUAAAGAAAGUUUUUUUUUUUAGGU